UCCUUAUGAGGUGUUUAGGCGUGUUCUGUGAAUGGGGCAUUGACCGCGUUCUCUAUCUAACGCUAAUACAAGAAGUCGGAACCGUCCUGUACGAAGAAACCAGUUCAUCUUGUGAGAUUUUUUUUCUCAGGUAUUUACAAUUUAAAGUACAACCACUGUUACCGUUUUAUUUUGAGUUUUUGUAAUGGCUGUUUGACGUUUAUGUGCGCACGUUCAACUAUUCAUUGGACUUCAGGGAAAGAGGUAAAAGGCCAUAGGUGAGCCUCAGGUUAUCUUGAUCAUGUGUUUGGAGUAACAGUGAAGUCUUUUCACCUCAGGACAGCAGAGAUGCUCAUCAGCCCCAGGACCUUGUUAAAAUGUGUCUGGUUGCAGAUACAUCUGACCUGUGCACUGAAAUCAUGCCCCACAGUCCCGCAAAUGAAUCUAAACUUUUCUGUUACCUACCCUGUCUCUUUUUUCCAAACUGCAAAAGCCAUACAGAACAUAGUUGUUAAUGAAAAUUUCAAUGAGGUUUAUGUGGCCUCUCAAAAUGUGGUUGAAGCCUUGGACAGAAAUCUCACCAAACUAUGGAAAAUAAGAACAGGGCCAGUUGGCAGUUCAGAAUGUGAAACCUGUCAUUGUGAUAUUGAGAAUGAACCGGGAACACCACUGGACACAGAUAACCAAGUUCUUAUUUUAGAGCCUCAGGGCUAUUUGGACUACCUGUACGUCUGUGGGAGCACACAGUAUGGAGUCUGUAACAUGCUUGAACUAAAUCCAACCGGAAGCCCCUCAAGCAUUAAAUGUUUUUUUGAUAAAAGUGCCAACUCACACUUAGAUUGUCCUGCCUGUGUUGCUAGUCCUCUGGGAACAAAGGUCAGCGCGGUCAAUGAAGGAUUUACAACGUAUUUCUUUACUGCAGCUACCAUCAAUACCAACAUUGCUGGAUCUUUUGGCAAACAGUCCCUUUCUGUUCGUCGCUUGCUUGCCACAGAAGAUGGAUUUGACAGUCACGUGAAGGGUCUGACAGUUCUUCCUGAAUUACAGGAUACAUUUAAAAUCGACUACAUCUAUACGUUCUCUACGAAAGAAUAUGUGUAUUUCUUAUCUGUACAGUGGGAGAACCCAAUGAAACCAAACACCAAGUUGCAGACCCAUCUUGGACGGCUGCCCAUCAUGGACAGCGAGCCUUGGAUGUAUAGGGAAAUUCUUCUGGAGUGCCGCUUUGAGCCCAAACGCAGGAGAAGGAGCUCGUGGAUUAAGGAUAUUGUGUUCAACUCAGUUCAAGCUGCUCAUUUCGGUACAGCAGGCAAGGAGCUGGCUGAUGAACUAAGAGUGAAUAUGGACCACCCAAUUCUUUAUGGGGUGUUUGCUGAAACAGAUGAAAAGGGGAAUCCUAUCAGAAAGUCUGCCUUGUGUGCAUUUCCAAUAGAAGAUGUGAACAGUGAGAUUAAGAAAGGGGAGGAGUCCUGCUGUUCAAACCUGACGGAGCGGCUCUCUCGGGGAUUGUGCCAUUUUCAGCCUUGUGAAAUGUGCCCACAUCAGAACCCAGAUGAUUUGAAAUGCUACCAUAUGCCCACAAUGGUGGCUAAGCCUUACUACAGAGUGGACUUCUUCAAUAGGCAGAUGAACAAUGUGCUCUUUACUUCUAUUCUGGUGACUACCAUUGAGACCAAGACUGUGGCACACAUCGGCACGGAUGAUGGAAGGCUUUUGCAGGUUAUUCUGAGCAAAUCGUCCCUUGUAGUGUUUGCCAACUACUCUCUUGUGGAAGAAAUGCAGAAAGUGUCACAAGCUGCUGUUCUUUCUUCCGAGUCUCUGCUCUUUGUCGUUGGAAACAAGCUGAUAAACGUGUCUCCCAGAGGUCCAGGCUGUGCCCAUUUCCUCAAUUGUUCAGUGUGUUUAGCUGCCCCCAAGUUUAUGGGAUGUGGCUGGUGUGAUGGAGUCUGUUCCCAGAUGCAUCAGUGUAAGGAUCAGUGGAGUAACAACUCCUGCCCUCCAGUAAUCAACCAGUUUUUCCCCAGCACGAUGCCUUCAAAUGGUAAGAGUGAAAUCACUCUUUGCGGCUGGAACUUCCAGUCAGCUUCCCAACCUGCUAUCACUCAAACCUCUCAUCAGGUUUAUGUGGGAAAAAGUAGCUGCACUGUUAUACCAGAAAAAAGCAGGAGCUCCCAGCUGGUGUGUAGGAUUGAUGGUGAAAUGUCAGGCCCAGAGCAAACUGUUGAUAUAACAAUACAAGUGGAUGAAAAGAGUGUGGAAAGUGGAUACUACAUCUCUGGGAAUGCUAGCAUACAAGGCUUCAGUUUUGUGACCCCAGAAAUCACAGAUAUCAGUCCAGGCAUAGGACCUAAGAUUGGAGGAACCCUGAUCACCCUGUCAGGAAAAUAUCUGGAUGCUGGUGGAAGCAGAACGGUCAGCCUCGGAGAAAGAAGUUGCCCAGUUGAAAGCAUCUCCAGCGAUGGGACGUCUGUUGUUUGUAGGUCUGAAGGUGCUGCGGAGAUUUCAGAGGUAGAUGUAAAGGUUUUAAUUGAUGAAUCAAGUAUUUCAGCCACACAAAAAUUCAGAUAUGUGGUGGAUCCUAAGGUGACGACUGUGACGCCCAACUGUGGUUUUAGAAGUGGAUCAAAAAUCACUAUCUUUGGUCAGAACCUGGACUCUGUUUCCCAAGCAGUAAUUAACUACAAAGGCAACAACAACACAGCACCUGUGCAAAGCGUGUGUGUUAGUCAAGGGAAUCCCAACCAGAUAGAGUGUAUAAGCCCUGAAUGUGAGGAGUCAACGGGGACCCUCUCUGUGGAUCUGGAUGGAGCCAAGGAACUCCUGCCUCAGACGUUUACCUGCCAUGCUAAGGGAGAACCCAUCCCAUUUGAAACAGAAGGCAAUGUGCUUGAGCUCAGCCCAGGGCAGGACAAAGUCUCACUGCAUCACAAAAAACUAGCCCUGGUGUCUGAUUGCAUGAAAAUCAUUAUGACAAUUAAUGGAGUGGAUUGCAAAGCUACAGUUCUGGACAAUGAGAUCACCUGCAGGAUCCCCAAAAAUCUGACUAUCUCUAGCCAGGGGGCGCCAGUUAAGCUGUUCGUGAACGGAGAAGAAUAUUACAUUGGUGUGGUAGUAACUACAAACAGCAAUUUUAUUAUGGGCAUGGUGCUGGGCAUCUUGGCUGCAAUUGGCGUGGGAGCAGCUCUGGCCUACGUAGCCAUUGCAAGAGAGCGCAAGAAAAAGAAAUCAGCUGCACUUGCUCAGGUUCGACUAUCGUUGCAUUCAACUCGCACUGCCGUGGAGAAUUAUGACAGAUCACCUGAUGGUGACUACAGAAGAGGUCUGAUGGUUUCUCCAUUCCAAGGCUCGAGCGCAACAUUCUCCAGUCUGCCGUAUGCUGGGUCAAUGGACUCUGCAGCAGCUCCCUUGAUUCAAUCUCAGGCGAUCUCUAUGUCCGCUCUCCGGCCAGAUCUGUUGGAGGAGGUGAAGAAUGUUUUGAUCCCACAUAAUAAGGUUAAAAUCCAGCAUGACCAAAUCAUCGGCAAAGGUCAUUUUGGAACAGUGUAUCAUGGAUAUCUUACUGAUAGUGAUGAAAAAGAGAUCCACUGUGCCAUCAAAUCAUUGAAUCGGAUCACUGAUCUGGAGGAGGUGGAGCAGUUUUUAAGAGAAGGAAUCUUUAUGAAGGCCUUCCACCACACUCAUGUCCUGUCCCUCUUGGGCAUUGUGCUUCCCAGUGAUGGACUUCCACUGGUGAUCCUGCCUUACAUGAAACACGGAGACCUUCGGCAUUUUAUCCGCUCUGAACAGAGGAAUCCCACAGUGAAAGACCUGAUUGGCUUUGGGCUUCAAGUUGCCAAAGGAAUGGAGUAUCUCGCAAACAAAAAAUUUGUGCACAGAGACCUUGCUGCACGUAACUGCAUGCUUGAUGAGUCAUUUACAGUGAAGGUGGCUGACUUUGGAAUGGCACGUGACGUCUAUGAUAAGGAAUACUACAGCGUCAAGGACAGCAAGAAAGCAAAGCUGCCGGUCAAAUGGAUGGCUUUAGAAAGCCUGCAGACACAGAAAUUCACCACCAAAUCAGAUGUGUGGUCUUUUGGAGUGUUGCUGUGGGAGCUGAUGACGAGGGGGGCCAGUCCGUAUCCUGAUGUGGACCCUUAUGACAUUACAACAUAUCUAAUGCAGGGCCGUCGACUGCUACAGCCACAAUACUGCUUGGAUUCCCUGUGGUCCAUCAUGCUGCAGUGCUGGAAUCCUGAGCCUGAGAAGAGACCAAAUUUCCCUAGUCUCGUGAAUGACAUUCAAGACAUCCACUACAGCUUAGAGGGGGAACAUUACAUCAACCUCCAGAUCACCUAUGUGAAUCUGGACCAGCCUCGGCCCUACCCCCCACUCUCUCCGGCCCCACCUGCUUCUGAACACUCAGACCAGUCCUCCACCUGACCCUGGUCUCAAAUCAAAUAAGCCUGAGCUGCGUUCUUCCUGUGGAUUCAGCGGCUCAUAUGGUCCUGUGAAGUGUGGGAACCAAAAAAGCAUGCACUGAAGAUGAUCUGCUGUAUUUGGAGAAUCCCAAUGUGUGUCAAACUGAAUGUACUUUUUUUUUUGUGUGUGAUGGUUAUGCUUUUGUGAAGCUUGUGCAUGGUGUUAGUUGCAUGGCCAAACUGGUGUCACAUCUUUGGGAUUUUUGGCAAAUGCACUUUUCAAAUGAAUUAUAAAUGUAAUUUUUUUUAUAAUGUUAUGUUUUAUUCUGUCUGAAUUACAACUGAAAAUGUUUGUUAUUGCUCAUAUAGUAUAACACUGUGUUCUAUCCUGGUACAAAGUGGCAAAAUUCCCGUAACCAAACCAUUUUUAGGUCCACACUGCCAGUGAAAAUGUCACCCUCUCUUUGUCAGUAUUUGAUGUUUAAUAUACAUGGGGAGUAGAUUUUGGUCCAGUAGACUUUUAGUGGGAGCAGGGCUACCAGCACAGCAGAAUAAUAUAUACUAAUAAUAUAUACCAAGUGAUUUACGCAAUGUAACAAUGUAAGAGACAGUGAGUAAUCUAAUUAUACUGGACAAAAUUAUAAACGCAACACUUUUGUUUUUGCCCCCAUUUUUCAUGAGCUGCACUCACUCAAAGAUCUAAGACUUUUUCUAUGUACACAAAAUGCCUAUUUCUCUCAAAUAUUGUUCACAAAUCUGUUUAAAUCUGUUUUACUGAGCACUUCUCCUCACGAGAGAGAGCGGGAGGUUGCCGCUUUGUUACAGUCUAUGGUUAUCAUACAUAAUCGAUUAAUGGCACGUCAUUACGUUCCCCUCCAGAAUUUAACGUUUAAACAUAUAGUUGGUGUUCGUUAUGAUGCCAUAUACAGUGUUGGGUGUUUCAUGUUUAAUUUGCCGAAAGCUUCAAGUGCAGUUAAUUACAGUAUUGUCAUGCUCUGUAAACAGACGACGGGGUCGUUGAAGGCGAGCUCUUUAGUGUGCCUUCAAAUGGUUGACCACUGCAGUGUGUGUACCCUGUCGCAAAAUGCUGCGAACACUCCUACAAUAAAGGUGUUUACAUGUCUAGACUGCACUUCAGCAAUGCGACUAAAAAUACAAAUACUCUAUAUCUUAAUUCGAUUUCUAUUUACUUCGAAUAUGACUUUAGCCGGAUUAAGAUAAAAAUCUCUGUUUACAUGGUAGAUUAUUAAUCAGAGUAUUGUCUUAAUCCUAUUAAAAUCGGAAUAUUGUUGUCGAUGUAAACGAACUUGUUGCUUUGUCAUGUGCCUGGAUAGGGCACGUGGUUUAUUAAAGGCUGUGUGACAGAGUGAUAUGAUUACUUGAUAAAUUAUUUGAUCAGUUUCAUUUAACCUCUUUUUCCAAUUCAAAUAAAGAGUUUAAAAACAAGGUCUGAAUUUUACAUGAUCAUUUUAAGAUGUUAUCAUUGAUCUCAAGCAGUGAUGUACUGUAAUACACCAUCUACUACAUUAUUUUCAAAUUAUUGCGUAAUUAUGUGAAUGAUUGAGGACGCAUCUUGUUCAAGCAAAAUCUAUAAGUAGCUUAAGUUAUUAAUAUAUUUUUUUCAUUGUAGAAAUUUUAAAUGUGAUUGAUUUGCAUAUGCCAGCUGGUGCACAAGAGAAUAAGAUCACCCCCCCCCCCUCCCCCCAUUACAUUACACCCAUUUUCAUACACGAACUGCGCAAUGUGUUUGCAAGUGCAACCUUUUGUCGUGUCAAAUGUAACGUUUUGGACUUUGAUAUCUUUGAUAUUUGAUGCUUUAGUCACUGUCGCUAUGGUUACGGGUAAUAGCCACAAAUAGAACCGAUUCAUUCUUGAACGUUCUGUAACUUUUAUGAUGUCGUUGAAGCAGAUUUGUGGUCGCUUUGGGUCAUGUGUUUGAUUAGGGCGAACAAGAUAUCUGUUAACGUAGGUAAAUCUCUAUAAAAAUACAUUCAUUCAUCAAAAAUUAUUGACUUGCUCAAGUUAAUUCCAAAAUUUUUCUGAAACUUGUGUUAAACUGCGGCGAGAACCAAAAAACAACAACAGCAAAAAAUCUGUAUUUCUGAACAUGUACACAUUUUCUUUGCAUGACCUUUUCUAUCGACAUGCCAUGGCUUGAGCCAUCACAAUGGCAAACUUGUUAGAAAAUGUCAUAUGACAGCAAUAAAAGGUAAGUUUAAGAUUUAUAUGAAUACAUCGAACACUGUACUGUAUUAAAUUCCAGCAAGCACCUUUAAUUCUGGAAAAUCACUCAACAUAUUCUCUGUUCCCUUCUUUGCGUGGCAUGACCUUUUUGAUUUGUUAGAAUGUUAAACAUGAUUUCCUCAACACUGAAUUCCUCAACAUGUUCUUCUGUCUUCCUUUUUUUUUUACAUUACUCUUUCCAUCUACAUGCCAUAAUUUAAGCCACCAUAAUGCUGAAUACGGUAAGAAAGAUAAU